CCUAGGAAAAUCGAGAAAAAAGGGAGAAAAAUGCUGGUUGUACAGAUGCUAACAUCAGCUUAAAGGAAAAGGCUUGGUCUUUGCUCGCAUCUGUGCUUAUCGACGGAUGUUAGAAGAUCAUCGAUCAAAGUUUUUUCGGUUAAAUGCAGAGAACACAACCAGCAAUGGUGGUGCCGAUCAGUUUUCUUCGGUUUUGAUCCUUCUUGUUGGCGUAUGUGGAUUUUAUGAGGGUAAUUGGAUUAAGCGGUAUGAUCUGUGUUGAUUUCUAAAGAAAAUGUGAGUUUCUGGUGGCUAUGGUAUUGGUGGAUGUCUGGUGGACGUGUAUGGCGGCAAUUGAAAAGGGCCAAAACGAUAAGUCGUGUAGCUGAGAACCAAAUGAUAGUUCGUACAGCAUGGAGGAAAACUAGAGGACCUAUUCAUGAGGGAUGAUUGGACAUAGCCACCAUAAUAAGAAGCAAGAAAAACAACUAGAAGCGCUUGCUUAUAGCCCUUGAAUUCUUAUUUCACGAAUGAAAUUUUGGAAAGCCAAUAGAAAGAUUCGAUUUUGACUUCCUAGAGCCGAUGUUGUUGAUGGAAGAGAUGAAAUAUAACAAAGGUAUGUCUUUUUGAUCAAAGGUUGAAUCGAUCAUCAAAAGAAGAAUUAUGACCCAUGGCCACCUGCUUGGUGUGGGCGGCUCCUCAUUGUGGGUGAUACCGUGAUAGCUUGAGGGGCGGUCCCUACUACUUGAAUUCUCGACCCUAGAUGCAUGGUCAUCUCAAACAUGCUUAUCACGCCAUGCUAUCUGAUGACUCUGCGGCAAUGAUUUGUCUUUGGCAUUAGCGACUAAAGCAUCCGUCUUUUUCUUUGCUACAAUGCAUGUUUUCUUCUUUAUUUUUGCACAAUAACGUUUUUGAGUUUCAAUAUGAUACUUGUGAACAUCUUAUGGGCAACAAUUUUGGGGAGAAUCCUCAUGGUAGAUAAUCUCAGAAGGUGGGGGUUCCAGCUGGUUAACCGGCGUUGCCUCUGUAAGUAUUAAUCAUCUUAUCCUCCAUUGUGAGUAUGCCGCUGACAUUUGGCACUUAGUUCUUAACAGCUUUAGGGUCUCUUGGGUCAUGCCUGGUAAUAUUCUACAGCUCCUCCAUUGCUGGAAAUUUCAAGGGCGGCGACAUCCCAGAGAGGCUAUCUAAAAAGUUAUUCUCGCUCUCUUAAUGUGGAGAAUUUGGAGAGAAAUGAAUCGUUGGGUCUUUGAGGGUAGCGAGACCAAUGUGCUUCUUCUUAAAUCAUUUUUUCUGAGAUAUCUUCUAGAUUGAGCUAUUGUAUAUGUUCAUAAUUUUGCCUUAGAGAAUUUGGUAGAUUUGAUUUGUUUUCUAGAUUGUAGUGGCAAAUAGAGCCUUGGCUCUUUUGCAUACUCUUUGUAUACGAGGGCCUUGCCUUUUUUCAAUAAAAUUAUUAUUAUUCAUAAAAAAAGAAAAAAAAAAAUUGAUACUUGUGAACAUGUCAAACACCAUUGGGUGUCUUUUCUUCCUAGUUUGAAUAAAAGUUCUAAGCCUUUUGUUAUUGUUCAUUUUGAUUUUUGGAGUCCUCGAGAGUUGCUUCUUUAUCUGGAUUUCGUUGGUUCAUUUUUUUGGGGUAAAUGUCUCAUAAAUCCUUGAGUCAACGCGCAAUUUGAAAUCUCUCCCUCACUUAUUAAAAAUCAACUUUCACUCUUUAAGUUUUUCGCGUAUUUGAAAAUGGUCCCUCCGUGAGUUUUUAGUCCAAUUUUUUGACAUCCGUUUGUAUCAUGCCAGCCUUUUUGCCACAUCAUCUUAAAUUAAUAUGUUUUUAGUGUUUUAUAAAUUAAAAUCUUAAAAAAAAAAAUUAAAAAUCUAAAAAAUAACAGCCACCCAAAGAGAAUCCACACAAUUGGCCACCUCCAAUGGUGGUGGUGCCCCCUUGUGAGCCACCCUCAAAGGUGGUUGGGGUUGGCUGGUGGCCACCUCAUGAACAGUGAGCCACCCAUUGCAUUUCUCUCCUUCUCUAAACCGAAAACCUCUAUUUCCUUUUCGCAGACCCACCAGAUAACAGAAACUCCCCUGUUCGUUUCUGCAGACCCAUCGACCCAGUCUACUCCAAAUGGUCGUGGCCACUCGUCUUGACCCUCCAAAAUGCGCAUUGCUGAUCAAGCUUCCUGAUCGCCACUAAUUUGUUAAAUACAUGUUUUAUGUCAAAAUGGUCGGCGUAGGCCUUUAAAUAGGCGAGAAAUUGUUGUUUUGUUGGAUAGGUGGGGAAAUUAUUGGGGAAUGUCAUGAGAGGAAGCUCAUAGAACUGCUUCGGAAGGUGGAGACAGAGGUAGUCGUAGGUCUUUUGCUGCCACAAGGAGGCUAUGCAAUCAGCUCUUUCGAGGAUUAAGUUUGGAACACCUCUUUGUUUAUCUAGGUAUCUAAAUAUGGGAUUGCAAUUUGAAAAUUUGCAGUCUUUGUAUUCAGAUGUAGCUGUCAAUGAAUUAUGUUGCGUGCUUUUUGCUCUUCUCCUCUGUUUUUUCUUUGUGUCAUUUCUUCAAACACCUUUCCUGCACUUUUGUCUUCAAACACAUUUCUAAGGUUUCUUGACCAAAGGCUUGAGAGAAGAAUAGACCCAAAUCCGACCGUGAAUCUCGCUUCUUUGUCAAAAUGCAGAGACACUAGAUUUCAACCACCCAAGGGAGAACCCCCACCGGUGGGGAUGGUGUUGGGUGACUUUUUUUUUUCAUUCUUUUUUAAUAUUUUUCUUUUUUAGAUUUUAAUUUAUAAUUUAAUAAAAUAUAUAUUUUUUAAGGUGAUUUGACAAAAAUGGUGAUGUGGCACUAACAGAUGUGGAAAGGUUGGACGGAAAACUCACGGUGGGACCUCUUUCAAAUCGGCGAAAAACUUAAGGAGGAAAAGUUUUUAAAAGUGAGGGAGUGAUUUCAAAUCGCGUGUUAACUCAAGGAUUUAUGAGACAUUUACCCUAUUUUUUUUUUAUUGAUGAUUAUUCUAAGACCACAUGGGUCUAUUUGUUAAAAGAUAAAAGUGAUGUAUUGUCAAUUUUUCAGAUGUUUCACAAAUUUGUUCGAACUCAAUUUAAUGUCUCCAUAAAAAUUUUCAUUUAGACAAUGGGGGCAAGUAUCUGUCUAGUGACCUUUGCACAUAAAUAUCCGUGAUUAACUCUUAAAUUAGAAAGCGAGAGUAGUAUUGUUUCUCUCUCUCUCUCUCUCUCUCUCUCUCUCCUCUCUCUCUAUGAGGGGUAACGCCUGAGUGUGAGGGUGGCGCGUGAGGGUCUUUGCGGAGGAGUAGAACCAGAAUUCUGCUUCAACUAGGAGUGAGUUUUGACGAGCAGUAUCUCAGGGACGGUAUGGGCUAUCUUGGCUAUUGCUACGUGGACUCGAAGUCCUUUGAAUUCCGGUAUGAGGUUAGUGGCGGGGUUAGGCUGGCCGAGAGGAGUAGACACUUGUUCCAAGCGGUUAUCUUAGGAUGGUUUGGCUGAUGCAAGCAGUGGAAAGGCUAUCCAAGGGAGAAGAAGAUAACGAUAAGUGGAGAACUUUCCAGAUGGGUAGCACUGUCUAUGUGGUGCUGCGUAGAAAUAAUAAGCAUGGCCAGUUCAUUGAACUGUCAGAAUAUGGUGGAGGAGGACGGCGAAGUUAAGUGGUGAUUCCGGAAGGGAGCGAUGGGAAGGGGUGGAUGGAUGUUGGGGUGCAACUUCAAAAGUUGACAACCUAUCAUGCAAAGCAACAGGCCAGCGGGACAGCUGCUGGAAGGAAAACUGAUAUAGCACCGAAAGUUACAGGUCUACGUCAGGAAGCUCAGUCCUAUGCGGCGGUGCUAGGAGGACAGAUGCCGGCCGGAGUAGGGGUUCCAGCUGAAGGCAGGGGCAGUAGGGUCAUUCAGACGGAGCCAGAAAAGGAAAUCUCUGUACUUGAGGUCGGUGAUCACGCAGAAGAAAUGGGAGUUACGUUUUCAAAUCGGUUAGUUUGUUCUAUUAUGGGAAACGGCUUGAAGCAAAAUAUUGACGAGGUGAAGAAUCUAGAGGAAUUGAAGUCUUUCCUUCGGCAUUUUAAGGAAGAAGCUGAGAGGUAGUUGGGCUGUGGGAAUGCAAAAACGGAUUUAGGUGGGCUAGAAGAUGGGGGGCAGGGUAAUAAGGCCCAUGUUGAAAGAUUAAAACUCAAGGACCCUAUGACCACAGACAAGCGUGAAGGUGAGCCCAUGUGUGUCUAUUCUAGGCGUUCUCCACGCAAGGUGACAAUACAGUGGCAGCAAGUGUCUCGGCAACUGCUGGCGCCAACUCCUCAACUGGACAGGGUGGUGAUGACAAAGUAGGCUGUUCUUUCACCUGAAGGCGGGAAGGACGGGCUUGCUAGCAGGGUGCUCUUGGCAGGAUCGUGUUCCACGGGUUUGCUAAAAAUGUGCACUGAAACCGAGCACAUGUCCCGGCAACCUCUGGCGCCAACUCUCCAGCCGGACAAGGCAGCGCUGACAGAGCAGGAGGUUCCUGCACCUGGGAAGGUCGGGCUUGUUGGCAGGGUGCAAGUGGCAGGGCCGAGUUCCUCGGUUUGGCAGGAAACAUGCACUAGUACAGGGUCUAAGUAGGCAGAGGAGAGAAAAGAGGAAGAUUGUGUGAUGGAGGAGCUUGAAGUGGAGGACCCUAGCUGUGAGGAGGAUCCGUCUACUGGUCUUGAGGCAGAAAAUGGGGGACCAGGACUUCUCAACCUAGGCACAAGGGAAGAACUGAGCCGCGUGGUUGUGAAAAAAGUUAUAGGAGAGCUGGGGAUCACUGGAGGUGUUAUUGAAGAACCCAAGGGGGAAAAGGAAAGUUUUUAUCCGAAAAUUUCAGACCUGGUGUUCUAGCUUGAGCCCAGUCAGAGGGUUGAACUCAAGUUGGGAGGAAGGAAGGGAGUUGGAUGUAUUGGGGGGGAGGAAUUUUCUCAUGCAUGCAAUCCUAGAGAGCCGGAGGGCUUAAAGGAGCUGUCCUCUGUUGUUAUCCGAUCUGAUUUCAGUUCUGAAAUUGUGGAGGGUGGAGUAGGCGAUGAGUUGGAAGGUAUUGGCCCGAUUUUGGUUAUGCCUUUGGCAGUGAAGAUGGACAAGAACUCAAGUUCGAGUGUGUCUCCAAGAUGGGUGAUGGAGAGAGUGAAAGGUUACUACAAACUAGUAGGAGUGUCAUGUGACCAAUAUGAAGAUAAAUUGUUGGCAUUGUUUGAACUAAUAGAAGCCAGGCGUGUCCAAUUCUUGGCUGAUUCGUUGGCUAUGGUUACCACAGCUUCAGGAGUGAAAGGACAAAGGGAGAUUAAGCGGCUAGAUUGCUCCAUUAACUAUGAUAAGAAAGGGGAGCAAUCUAAUAGAAGGAGAGGAAAGGGUAGGGGGUGUGACGUGUGUUAAUGAAGCUUAAAAUACUAUCUUGGAAUGUAAGGGGGAUAAAUGAGCUAGAUAAAAGAUUGCGUAUUAAAGGGCUCAUUAGAGAUUGGAAGGUUGAUUUUGUGUGUUUGAUGGAGACAAAAAUGGAAGUCAUUACUAGAGUGAUGGUUCGCAGUUUGUGGGGAUGCCAACACGUGGAUUGGUGUUAUAUGGGGACUAGUGGGGUGUCAGGUGGAAUUCUGAUUAUGUGGGAUAGGAGGGCGGUGGAGAAGGUGGAUGAAUAUGUGGGACGGUAUACCUUAGCUGUUUCAUUGCGUAACGCUGAUGACAAUUUUUUGUGGGCGUUUAGGGGUGUGUAUGGGCCUAAUGAUGAUGGGAGGAGGAGGGUGUUGUGGAAUGAGAUGGUUGGAUUGAUGAGUUGGUGGGAUAGGCCGUGGUGCUUUAGGGGAGACUUCAAUGUGGUGCGGUUUCCGAGUGAGCGGUCGGGAGCAGGUGGUUUUUCUGCGGCUAUGGAAGACUUUUCGGAGUUCAUUCAUGGGCAGAGUUUGGUAGAUAUUCAUCUUCAUGGAGGGCAGUUUACUUGGUCCAAUAACCGGGUAUGGUCUAAAAUUGAUAGGUUUUUGCUUUCUCCGGAGUGGGAAGAACAUUACCCUGAUGUGUCACAACGACGAUUGCCUAGACUUUUAUCUGACCACUUCCCUUUGUUGUUGGAUUGUGGAACGUGAAGAGAAGGAAAAAGACAUUUUAAAUUUGAGAACAUGUGGCUCAAAUCCAAUGGUUUUGUGGAACAAGUGCAACGUUGGUGGGAGUCUUAUGAUUUCCAAGGUCUACCAAGUUAUGUGCUGGCAAAUAAGUUGAAAGCUUUAAAGGCGGACUUGAAGAAGUGGAAUGCGGAGGUUUUCGGUGAUGUGGGGAAGAAGAAGAAGGAAUUAUUGGAAGGUAUUAAAGAGUUGGAGGGAUUUGAGGAGUCUCGGGGGCUAGUGGAGGAGGAGCCGGUACGGAAGUCCGACAUGAUCAGGGAGAUGGAAAAAACACUCUUGUUUGAGGAGAUUAAUUGGAGGCAAAAAUCUUGGGCUUUGUGGCUGAAGGAAGGGGAUAAUAACACUAAAUUCUUUCAUAGGGUGGCAAAUUCGCAUCGGAGGUACAAUCAUGUGGGAGCUCUGAGGAUUAAUGGGGCUAUGUCUAUUGAUCCCGUGGAUAUUAAGGAUCACAUUGUCAAUUAUUAUGACAUUUUGUACACUGAGCAGAGUUUGUGGAGGCUUAGGGUGGAUGGGAUUUCUUUCUCUUCCAUUGAUGCGGAUGAGUAUCUCUAGUUGGAACGUGUCUUUGAGGAGUAGGAGGUAUGGGAGGUGGUGUGGGAGAUGAACGGGGAUAAGGCUCUGGGUCUAGAUGGCUUUUCUAUGGCUUUCUUUCAGAAAUGUUGGGGGGUUCUCAAAAAAGAUAUUAUAACGGUUUUCUCAGAAUUUCAUAAGAGUUGCCAGUUUGAGAGGAGUUUGAAUGCAACUUUUGUUUUCCUAAUCCCUAAGAAGGCAGAUGCGGUGGAAGGACUUUAGGCCUAUCAGUUUGGUGGGAGGGGUCUACAAAAUGAUUUCUAAGGUCCUUGCUAACAGGCUCAAAUCGGUGUUGGGGAAACAAAUUUCGAGCUCUCAGAAUGCCUUCAUUGGUGGUUGGGGGAGGCGGGGUUAUUAUGCAAGUUGGAUUUGGAGAAAGUAUAUGAUCACGUGAACUGGGAUUUCUUACUCUACAUGCUUCAGAGGUGUGGGUUUGGGGAGAGGUGGAGGAAAUGGAUUAAAUUGUGUUUCUACUGUAAUAUUUUCCAUUUUAGUUAAUAGCGCACCAACAGGUUUCUUUCAGAGCUCGCGGGGGAUUAGGCAAGGGGAUCCUCUUUCUCCUUUGCUGUUUGUGGUGGUUAUGGAAGCGCUUAGUAGGAUGUUGAAUGAGUCUAUGCUCCAAGGCUUGUUGUCUGGUUUUUCGGUGGGCAUCAGGGAUAAUGAAGCUUUAGUGGUGAAUCAUUUGCUGUUUGUUGAUGAUACAUUAAUUUUUUAUGGAGCACAGGCAGAGCAUGUUCGAAAUUUGAGGUGUACCUUCUUAUGUUUUGAAGCGGUGAUAGGGUUGCGGAUUAAUUUAGGCAAAUCCGAAUUGGUCUCUAUUGGCGAGGUGGAUGAUGUGGAGUCUUUGGCACAUAUUCUGGGUUGUAGAAUUGGGUCUCUGCUGAUGACUUAUUUGGGUAUGCCGUUGGGGGCAUCGUUUAAAUCUCUUUCUAUUUGGAAUGGGGUUAUUGAGAAAGUGGAGCGAAGGUUGGCUCGUUGGAAAAAGCUUUAUUUAUCCAAGGGUGGUAGGGUGACGUUAAUUCAUAGUACACUAUCCAGCAUUCCUACUUAUUAUUUAUCUCUGUUCCCUAUUCCUGUGAGUGUAGCCAAGAAACUGGGAGUUCGUAAUAUUAUUAAGUUUAAUCAAGCCUUAUUGGGGAAGUGGAUGUGGAGGUUUUCGCAGGAACGUGAUGCUUUGUGGAGAUCUGUGAUUGAGGUGAUGUAUGGGAGUGUGAGGGGAGGUUGGAGUUCAUUACUGGUGACGGGGUCUUAUGGUGUGAGUGUUUGGAAGUUUAUUCGAAGGGGUUGGGAUAAUGUAGCCAAGUACUUGCGUUUUGAGGUGAGUGAGGGGUCUCAUAUUCGCUUUUGGCAUGAUUUAUGGUGUGGGAACAGGCCUCUCAAGCUAUGCUAUCCAGCUUCAUACUCUAUUGCUCGUUUUCCGAAUGCUUGGGUGGUGGAUAAUUUGUCUGUGGUAGGAGUUGUGUCUCAAUGGAAUGUUCUCUUUACACGCUAUGCUCAGGAUUGAGAGGUGGAGAUGGUGAUGUCCUUCUAUGAACAGUUAUACUCUAUUCGGAUUCGGCAUGGGGAGGUUGAUAGGGUGGAGUGGAAUCUUUCUAAGAAGAGGAAUUUUGCAGUGAAGACUUUCUAUAAAGCAUCAGUUUGUCACAAGGCGGCUUAUUUUCCUUGGAAGGGUAUAUGGCGUGUUAAAGCUCCGAAGCGGGUGGUGUUCCUUGUUUGGACAGCGGUUUUAGGAUAGAUUUUAACACGUGACAAUUUACAUAGGCGUGGUAUUGUAGUGGUAUAGUGGUGUGUUAUGUGUAAGAAGCAUGGGAAAUCUGUUGAUCACCUUCGUCUUCAUUGUGACGUGGCACGGGUUGUUUGAAGUUCCUUUUAUAGCUUGUUCGGGGUGAAGUGGGUUAUGCCUAGUAGUGUCUUGGAUUUAUUGAGUGGUUGGGGCACCUUACUGGGUUGUGGUUCUGUUAACCGUAUUUGAAAGCAGGUUCCUUUAUGUGUUUUGUAGGGCUUGUAGCGUGAGCGAAAUUCUAGGCUUUUUGAGGAUGUGGAGGUUACGGUUGGGGCUUUUUGUUGAAAUGUGCUUAAUAUGUUAUAUCUUUGGGUGUCGACGCAUAGCCUAGGUAGUAUGUCGUUUGCUGAUUUUUUACUUUCUUGUUCGUUUCUUUCCUCUGAUUAGGGGCUCUUUUGUAUACUUCAUGUAUACUAGGGUUGCGCCUCUCUGUGCUUUUUAAUGAAUUAUUACUUAUCAAAAAAAAAUAUUUUAUUGAGCAUGGCAUCAUCCACCGGUCGACCUAUAUUGACACUCCUAAACAAAAUGGAGUUACUAAGCAUAAAUAUCAGUAUCUUCUAGAGGUAAUAUGAGCUUUAAUGCUUUCUAUGCAUUUUUCAAAUCUUAUUGGGGUAUACCUUGGUCACAAGUGCAUAUCUUAUCAAUCAGAUGCCAUCUCUUGUCUUGAAUUUGAAGACACCUAUUGAAGUUUUGUCACCCCGUAUGACUUCCUCCGCAUUUAUUGUUCCCCCUACAUGUUUGUUUUGUUUACCUUCAUGGUCCAGCUCAGGGUAAAUUGGAUCCUUGAACCCUCAAAUGUGUCUUCUUGGGUUAUUCACCCACUCAAAAGGGGUACAAGUGUAAUCAUCCCCCAUCGAGGAAGCAUCUUGUGUUUAUGGAUGUGACAUUCUUUGAAUCACAACCUUAUAUUUCAUAUUUUUUACUCCAUUUUUUGUUUCAUUCCGUCCUAUCACUCCCGAGUCCAAACCAUACUCAAUCCUAUCGGGCAAUAUCGUGUAUGUGGCAGUAAAUUGGGUUGUGUGUGUCAGAAUUGUGCACAAGACCCCAAUCCAAAAAGCUCUCUUCGGUGCGCUCAGUGUGGUUACUGAGGGUAGCUCAUAAGUGCUAUUUUGGGCUCAAAAUCCGAUAUUUUUCCCUCCUAAAUAAGUUAUUUUCUACCAAUCUAGGGAAUGUUUAUUUUCCUUGGAGCAGCUAGGGUUUCCUCUUUCCCUAUUUAUGAUUCCCUUUCUCUUCUCCUAAGUCUCUUUUCACCGCAACUUGUCGGUCCUGACUUACUAUCCCAUGUAGUUCUACACGGAGUCCACAUAUACUUAUUCUAAUAUUUUAUGCUACUAUUUUCAUUUCCUAAUUUUCUUUAGAUUUUAUUUGUCCCGGGUGCUACAUAUCUAACUUUGUUUCCUAUCAGCAUCUUUUACCUUCAUAUCGUACCUUUAUUUCCAAAUUGUCUUCCGUGCCUA